AUGGCUGCUACUAAAAGCGCCCAUCCAAGGAAAAAUUACCACCCAACUGUGUGGGGUGACUUCUUCAUAACCCACGUCCCUGCAACUGAUGAGGUGGUGAACGGCUGGAAUGAAGAAAUCGAAGUCUUGAAGUCGAAUAUAAAGAAGAAGCUAUCAUAUCCAAUCAACCAUGUGCUGGAAAGGUUGAGGCUCAUUGACGCGGUGCAGCGAUUAGGCGUUGGUUAUCACUUUGAGAAAGAAAUAGAACAAGUCCUCAAACAAGUUCACGGAGACAGAAAUAUAUGGAGCGAUGAUGACGAUAAUGACCUCAACAGUGUUGCACUCCGUUUCAGACUGCUGAGGCAACACGGUUAUAACGUGUCAAGCGAUGUGUUCAACAAGUUCAGAUCUGGAAAAGAAGGGUUCAAGAAAGAGUUAACGGACGACAUUGAAGGCAUGUUGAACUUGUACGAAGCUGCAUAUUUUAGGACACGGGAAGAAAGCAUAUUAGGCGAAGCCAUCGAGUUCACAAAGGCUCACCUAAGAGCUAAAGUUGCAGAGAUGGAACCCCGUGUUGCUGAGAGAGUCAGCCGCGCUCUGGAAAGGCCUCUUCUCAAAGUCGUGGAAAGGGUUGAACACCUGUAUUUCACCUCUUCUGCGUAUGAACAUCUCGAGGGCCACGAUCCAGUCCUCCUCAAGCUGGCCAAGCUGAACUUCAAUCUCAACAAUGUAGCAAGGCUGUACAUGGAAGAAGAAAGGGCUUCUCAGUCCAACAAAGAUUUUGUGCCCACAGUGGAGGUGUACAGGCAGCUUUCUUCCUUGACCACUUGCUUCGAAUGGAUAGCUUUCUCCGUCCUCUGCGGAUUGGGCGAAUCGGUUCCUAGGAGUAACUUCGAAUGGUUAGCUUCUUCGCCCGAAAUCUUAAUCGCUUCGACCGACAUAUGUCGCCUCCAGGAUGACCUUGCUGACAACAUGAAAGAGCAAGAACUGGAAUAUUACAUGUCGUCCGUGGAAUGUUACAUGAAGCAGUAUGGCGUGUCGAGACAGGAGGCGGUGGAUGGACUGAAGGAGAUUGUGGAAGAGGACUGGAUGAUAAUUAACGAGGAGUUAUUGAUGAACGUACCUUCUCAUAUUUGUAAAAAACUUCCUCUGGUGUUCCUCAAUCUUGUGCGAUUUAUGGAUACAAUCUACAAGGAUUUUGAUGGCUACACACACUCCAGCACCAGGACCAAGGAUAUUCUCAUGGCUCUUCUUGUUACUCCCAUGGUCGUGUAAUUUCCUUUGAAAUGUUUUUGUACCUUAUGUAUCGGGUUGUGUCGCGUGUGCUUUUUGGAUUUAUAUCAUGUAUCCCGUUUCGUUUCAUCGGUUUCUUUCAGCUGGGUUCGAGUCCGAACAAUAAUAAAUACAUGUAAUUCUCUGAUUAAAUCUUUUACCCGA